AUGUCUGGACGUGGAAAGGGAAAGGGCGGCAAGGCGAAGGCCAAGGGCCAAGUCCCGCUCCAGCAGGCCGGCCUUCAGUUUCCUGUAGGAAGGAUUCACCUUCGCAGGAAUGCAGCCCCCAGACAAACAAGAAGAGCCAUCAUCCCCGCCACUUGCAAGCUGGCCAUCGUAACGACGAAGAGCUCUAACAAGCUGCUGUCUGGCGUGGGCAUCCGCCCAGGGCGGGUCCUACUACCAACAUCCAGGCUGUGCUCCUCCUCCAAGAAGGCCGAGAAGUAA